CUUUUAUAUCGUUGGAUGUGUGAACAAAUAUUUAUGACGUCAUUAGUAAAACACGUCAUCAUAAAGAAACCCAGUUCCUGGAACGAAAUAUUACAUUGCAUUUAUAUCAACUAUAGUAUUGAUUUAACGAUCUGAAGUCUAAAAAGCGCCUGUGAUAUCUACUUGAUAUACUGCAUAUCAACAUGGGUAAUGGAUGUAUAGGCAGACAUGGGACCCAACACAGACCUCCGGAAGAGGAAGGGGUAGUUAAAGGGUCGUUUUCCAAACUCACGGAAAGACUACAUGCUGUUGCAAACGAAGCCGAACUUGCUACACAUCUAGAAGAGAUAGCGAGGCUCACAUCUGAGUUACACUCCGAGAAAAAAAAUCGUCGCGUCGAACAAGAUCGGCUUAAAGAAGAAAAUACAACCCUUAAAAUUCAGCUAGGAUUAGUCAACGCCGAACGUCAAUUGCAAAAUACCGACAUUUUGAAGUAUAAAGAAGAGCUCAGUGUAUUGGCCACCAAACCGAUACGAGUAAACAUAGAGCGAGACACACAAACUGCCGAGCUGUCGGUGUGUGAACUUCGAGAAGACAUAAGAUCAAAUUCAUCACCAAUGAUCAUCCUACCUGUUGGUGCAACAGAUACAAACAACACCGAACACACUAGGCAACAAGAAGAAAUCGAGAUUCUUAAAUCUGAACUCACACGGAUCACAGCAGAGCAGGACAAACAAACACCACAACUGCAGACCAGCGAUGAAGCAAUGCUGGAAGUGAAAAACGAAUUGGCACGGGCAAUUGUAGAACGCGAUGAGCAAAUAUACAAAUUAGAGAAGAUGGAAGAUGAACUGAAUACAUUGAAGAACAAACUAGCACAAGUUAAUACCUUACUUUCCCAGCGAACAGAGGAGCUGAGAAAAUCUGAAGACUAUCUGAAUGACUUGAGAAGCGAACUCAAUUCCGAGCGAGAUGAUCAAACGGCCGAGCAAAUGAUGUAUGCAGUAGAAAUGACAAAAAUGAAAAACGAACUGGUAUAUGCCAGCGAGAGCACCGCAACGUUGACAAAGGAUCUUCAGGCUAUAACGGAUGACCAUUCGCGCUUACAAAACGAUUUACAGAGAUCGGAAAAAGAAAAAGAGGUACUGAAACAGUAUUUGCAGGAACUACAAAAUGCAUGGGAUGUUCUUCAAACAGAAUUACACAAAUCAGAGUCACACAAAGGGCAUUUAAAACAUGAGUUGGAAGAACUACAGACAGCCCGAGAUGCAAUUCACAGAGAAUUAGAGACAUCGGAGUCAGACAAAGAAAAACUCCAAAUUGAGUUAGAAGAAAUACAGAAAGCACGAGAUGCUUUUUACAUUGAAUUGAAGACAUCGGAGUUAGAAAAAGAAAAAAUGAAAAUUGAGUUGACAGAUCUACAUAAUGCACGAGAUGCUCUUCAGGCAGAUCUUGAUGCAAAAACAAACGAUGAGGUGGAGUUAAGGACCCUAUAUAACGAUGCACAGAAGACAACACACGAUCUCCAGGACAGAUUACUGCAAUCGGGGUCCGAAAAGCAGAAGGAAGAUUUUCAAGAACUGCAGAAAACAAGAGAUCUUCUUAAAACAGAACGACAAAAAGCGGAUGCCGAAAUCAAAAAGCUGAAGAAAGACGGAAAAGACUUACAGAAAGAAAAUAAACAUCUUCAAAAUAAGCUUAAGUCGAAAUCUGACGAAGUAGCCAAGCUUAUGAACGACAAUAAUGACACACAUGAAGCACAUCGGCAACUUUUUCAAGUACUUAAAGCGAGAACCGAAGAUUACGAGAAGCUAAUGAAUCAAUAUAAAGAAUUACAGAAAGCACGAGAUAACUCAGAAAACCACAGUGUUGAGAAAGCUGAUAUAAAACCAACGACAAGUGCUUCCUUACACGUACAUCUAAGCGAUGACAACAUGCCUGAUAAGGUAGCGGAAAGGUUUACCGAAAUUUAUAACAAUCAGUGGAUCGAUUGUCUUGAAGUCAUGUCAUCAGAGGAUGGAUCGUGUCAGAUGCUAUUGGGAAUGUGUUUGAAGAUCUACUCAAUUUACGCGGAAGCUAUCGAUAAAGAAAGACAGAAGGAAUUUGCCUUGUUACAAGCAGAUACGGAAUUAGCCAAAGAGUUUAUAUCCAUUCAAGAACGUUUUCACAAAGAAAGCACCGCCAACGCCAUAACUUCAUACUGGACUAAGUGCAAGGAAGUUUGCAAGUCAAUGAUUGCACAUGACCCUCCAAUCUAUAUGGACACUGACACUGACAAACACGGUAUUACAUUUGAUGCCAAAUUAUACGAAGGAUACACGAAGAAAGGAACCCAAAUUGAUUUUGUCGUUUGGCCUUCCUUAUAUACAGAGAAGAACGGUACGCUGCUCCGCAAAGGUGUUGUCCAAUGCAAGUAGCGGUGAGGUUACACUACUUUUUGCUGAAGACUCUAGAUUCAACAUUUUGAAAAAGUGUUCGAAUUUUGCAUAGUAAUUGAUAAGUUAUGUUAUGAAUCAUUGAAAUCUAUAUAUGUAUUUACAAUUGUUUGACUAUGAGGUAUUCAGGUACAUUUGUAUUUUCAAUAAACAUUUUGACCUCUCUACAGCAUGCAGAUUAAGUUACGAGACGAAUUCUAAUAUGUUUAAUGUAGCUGUAAAAUCACACUGGGUUAAAUUGUUAUUGAAUCUUUCUAUAAUAUAAAUGAAUAUUUUCUUUAAAGAAAUAUUGCAUUUAAGCUAUAUAAUAUUAAAAUGAUUUGGUUUAUAUUGCGGCGACUCUAAUAAACGACUUAACUUAG